AAGAUCAGCUCUUUGACUCGCCCAGCAUCUCCAGACAGGAAAGCUGAGGCUAUAAUCUGUCGCUGAAGUAAAGGAAAUAACGUGAUUAUCGUCUUUAAUCUGAAUCAUGAAGAUUCUGUUUCUUUGUGCCUUGCUGGCUCUGAGUCAAGCUGCAGAUGUCAGAGAGGAACUUGAGAUUGAGGAAACUUUUCAUGAAGCUCUUCUUCCUGAAGCUGAAGCUGGAAACUGGACAGAACCAGCAGAUGUAGAAAAUGAACCUGCUGCUGAGGAGAAUGCUGCACAGGAAGCAGAUGACCUGCUUAGGAGUUCUUGUCCUGCUGGUUGGUUUAAGUUCAAACAUCGCUGCUUCAUCUUCAUUCCAAGAGCCAUGACUUGGGCGAGAGCUCAGAGAAACUGUGUGUCUUUGCAGGCAACCCUUGCAUCCGUCCAUAACUUUGAGGAGUAUCAUUCCAUUCAGAGGUUGAUAAUAGCUUCAACUCACAUGUCACCAGCAACAUGGAUUGGAGGCUCUGAUGCGCAGGAGGAUAGGUUGUGGCUGUGGAGUGAUGGAAGUCCCUUCCACUACUCAAACUGGUGUUCAGGAGAGCCAAGUAAUUCCAAAGACCAGAAUUGCCUACAGAUGAACUAUGGAGGAUCUAAGUGCUGGGAUGAUGUGUGGUGCAACGGGAAUCUUCCUUCCAUCUGCGCCAAAAACGUCUGAGGUCAGACAUGCCACAAACAGGAGUGGAUGAUUGGAUAUGUUUUGCUCCUUUUUACACUUUAGUCUAACUAAAAACUGUUUUUGUUAUUUUCCAGUGAUGUAAGAGUUUGUUUUUUUUUUCUCUGUAGUAUAACUGAAGGAAUGUCUAGCAAACCUAGUGUGUACUUGUAUAAUAAAUCAUUAUAGCCCAAGGUUCUGGUUUGAGUAAAAAAAUAAAUUUUUUAACAAUUAAA